GACGAUUUCGCCCAAGGACAUGGGGAGGGCGGAGAGCCUUCCUCCUCCCUUUGCUCUGAAUGCAGAAAAGGAGGGGGGUUCCAUCCCAUGGCAAGACUGCCACGGGAGCUCUGCCCUCACACAGACACAGCCUCCCGUCCCAGCCGCCGGUCCCCGUCUCCGACGUGAGCCCUUUGAGCCAAGUGGCAGCCGGCUCGGAAGCUCUGUGACAGGUGUACGUGACAUGGCGGAGCAGCUGUCUGAAGAACAGGUGGCCGAGUUCAAGGGGGCCUUCUCCAGGUUUGACAAGGACGGGGAUGGAAAGAUCAACGUCCAGGAGCUGGGAGCCGUGAUGCAGGCCCUGGGCGAGAACCCGUCGGAAGCCGAGCUGAAGCAGCUCAUCGCCCGGGUGGACACCGAUGGCGACGGCCACAUCAGCUUCGACGAGUUCCUGGCAGAGAUGGCCAAGAUCAUGAAGUCCUCGGGCAGCGAGGCGGAGAUGCGGGAAGUCUUCCGUGCCUUCGACCUGGACGGCGACGGCCACAUCAGCGUCAACGAGCUCAAGCAGGCCAUGGCCAAGCUGGGCGAGAAUCCUUCCCAGGAGGAGCUGGACGCCAUGAUCCAGGGCGCCGACGUGGACCAGGACGGGCAGGUGAACUACGAGGAGUUCGUGCGCAUCCUCUCUCAGAAGCGAGGCCCGGCCCGGGGCCCAUCUCCUGCCUGAUUCUGGUCCUCGUGCCUUCUCGGGGCCCCUGCUUCCGUGGCACAGAUGUAAAGGGGAAGUCUGGGUGGGGGGUGGGAAAUUACCUACUGGAGGGAGGGCCUGGGUUCUGCCCCGUCUGCCCGGGGAGACCUCAGAGCAGCUCCUGUAGAGAAACGGGGAGGCCCCCUGCCUCACUGGGCUGCGGUGAGGGACCCCAGAGCAACGUGAUGGCUGACAUAAAAGCAAUUGGACUCUGA